AUGUCCAGUCAGAUGCGACGUCUGAUGAGAAAGCGUGCCUCUGAGUAUAAUUCUGGUAAUCAUCAACGGCAGCCGCCGUAUAAUCGCAGAGAUGGAGAUGAUGAAUACUCCAAUACACGGAGAGGCCGACGGAAUAAUGGGGAUGGGGAUAACAACACAACACAAACAAACAGACGACCACGUAAAGAAGGAGAAUCAGAAACAAGUGGAGCUAAAGAAAAUGAAGAGAUUGAACGUCUUGGAAUUAUUCCAAAGGUUACACUUGAUGAUAUGGGUGGACUUGCAAAGGAAAUUCCAAUUAUAAAAGAAUUAAUAGAACUUCCUAUUCGUUCUCCUCAUUUGUUUAGUCGUCUUGGUGCGGAUCCUCCGUGUGGUGUUUUGUUGCAUGGUCCACCUGGUUGUGGGAAAACGAAAUUGGUACAUGCCAUAGCUGGAUCAUUGCAAGUUCCAUUAUUCUUUGUUGCAGCACCGGAGAUUGUUUCUGGUAUCAGUGGUGACAGUGAGGCAAAACUACGAAAUCUUUUCAUGGAUGCUAUUAGUGCGGCACCAAGUAUUGUGUUUAUUGAUGAAAUUGAUACAAUUGCCGGUCGUCGUGAUCAAACACAACGUGGAAUGGAAAGUCGCAUAGUAGGACAAUUAUUAACAUGUAUGGAUCAAGUGGCACAGGCAUGGCGACAGGAAAAUAAAGUGGUUUGUGUAAUGGGAGCUACAAAUCGUCCAGAGGCAUUAGAUACUGCCCUAAGACGUGCUGGUCGUUUUGAUCGUGAGAUUUCUCUUGGUAUUCCUACACUGGAUGAACGACAAAGUAUUUUAAAAAUUAUUUGUCAGAAGUUAAAUGUUGCCGACGAUGUGGAUUUUUUUGAACUUGCAAAUAUGACACCUGGAUACGUUGGGGCAGAUCUUCACCUUCUUGUUAAGGAGGCUUGUAUUUUGGCUAUUCGUCGAAAACACAAUGAAUUGGAGGCAAUAGGUGAAUUGGAUAACCCAAAUGCAGAAGCUCUCACUUCUUUUGAUGUCACAUUUAAUGAAAUGAAAGAAGCAACAAAACGGGUACAACCAAGUGCAAUGCGUGAAGGUUUUACUACUAUUCCAAAUGUUACUUGGGAUGAUGUUGGAGCUCUUGAGGAUGUACGUGAGGAAUUACUUACUUGCAUAUUACAACCUAUUCGUGCACCUAAACUACACAAACGAUUUGGAUUAGAUCAUCCAGUUGGUGUUUUAUUAUAUGGACCUCCAGGAUGUGGUAAGACUCUUGUGGCAAAGGCUAUAGCAAAUCAAUCAGGUGCAAAUUUUAUUUCCAUUAAAGGACCUGAAUUGCUAAAUAAGUUUGUUGGUGAAAGUGAACGAAGUGUACGUAUGGUGUUUGCUCGAGGUCGUGCAAGUGCACCUUGUGUUCUUUUCUUUGAUGAAUUAGAUGCCCUGGCACCUCGUCGUGGUUCAGAUCGUGCAAAUCCCAGCAGUGAACGUGUGGUAAAUCAGCUCCUUACGGAGAUGGACGGUGUAGAAGGUCGAGCGAACGUUUAUGUGAUUGGUGCUACUAACCGACCUGAUAUGAUUGAUCCCGCCAUGUUGCGACCUGGGCGUCUUGAUAAAUUACUUUACGUGCCUCUUCCCUCUCCACAACAACGGGCAUCUAUUUUGUGCACACACGCCCGUCAUUACCCUGUGGACACAUCAGUGGAUUUAAACAUUAUUGCCGGUGAUAAACGUUUACAGGGAUUUAGCGGUGCUGAUUUGGCAGCACUCAUGCGAGAGGCAUCUCUGCACGCACUGAAGAAAGUAUACCGAUCUUCUAGCAGCGAAGUAUUGGAGCAGUUGGAGCGAGAUAUGAGUGGAGAGGUGGCGGCGAAUGCAGAUUUACCAUCUGUGUGCAUUGAAGACUUUGAGGCCAGUUUGGCAAAGGUAAAGCCAUCUGUUUCUGAAGAGGAUAGGACAGGCUAUGAGUCUUUACAUCGCCAAAUCACACAGUCAGCUCAGAGUACAGGGUAA